AUACGACUCGAAUGCAACUUAUCGAAAACUCUCAUUGGAUAGAGUUUGUUUCUUUUGCAGACAAUACUAGCCAUGUGCAACUGGACUGUUAUAGAAGGAGAGAUAAACUCGUUUGUAAACAGCCACAAAAUGUUUCCUCUCAACAGCGGCGCAAGCAUCGCAUUAUUUCUUCUUUUCAACAAACUAGAAAUAUAUAUUCACAAUGUGCCUAUUCUCAUGGCUCAGGAUCUGGAAAGCCUCCAUUCUCAUCAUCUUUCCAUAGUGAAGAGAGCCCACUAGAUCCUGAAGACCAUUCCUUGUUACUUGUUGGAGGGCUAUCGUUGAAUGACUGGUUGAACAAGUUAGUCAAAAGAGAAUCAGUCAACUCUGCAAAACCAAGUGAAGGUCUUAUGAACAAAGAUGAUGAACAAAAUCGCAAAGUGAGAAAGAUCGUGAUUGAAGAUUCUAGAGUGUUGAAUCGAGAUGUAGUUAGAAGGACAGUAGAACCUUUAUAUGGAAAGAAGUUAGAUCCCGUUCUUGUGAAAGAUGUCAUAACGACGUUGAACGUUUGGUAUGAAGAAAAUGGAUACAAGUUUUCUCGUAUAAACAAGUCGGGUCCUUUUCGGAAUGGAGUUUUAAGUUUUCGAGCCAUAGAACCACGUUUUGCAGGUAUUCGUCUAGUCUAUUUGGAUGACAAUCGAGAACCUUGUAACAAAGGCAGAACAAAAUCAGAUACCAUUGAAAAGGCAGUUGGUAUUCAAAGAGGCCAAGUAUUUCGUUGGAGUGAUCGUUACUGGGAGCGAAUUACUGAAUUGGGACUUUUUGACUAUGUCAGAGCAGAAUUGGAGCUUCGUGAUGAUCAAUCUGUUAUGGUUAUUCUACGUGUACGUGAACGUCCUUAUAGUCGUUUUGAACCUGGCAUAGGAUAUGGUUCUGGGGAAUUUUUUGGAGAGUUGUCUUUUCAAGAUAACAAUUUAUUUGGACGAAAUCAGUUUCUUCAAUUUGAACUACAAAAGAGACAAUCUCAGCAUUCUUUGUUAUCUUUGGAAUGGGAGGAUCCUCGUGUAGGUCAAUGGUUUGGCUAUCGGUUUAAGGUUUAUCGUGACUUGGAUGAGAAGCAUUUGAGUUCACGAAGUGGUUUGACAUUCAAAGUAUUUAGUCGUUUAGUAAAACAUUUGUUUGUUGAUCUUUCAUCCACUUUGGAACGAACUAUGCCUUUAGGAGCUGAAGACUCUACUAGACCAUCCUAUGAUAUAAACAAAUAUCUUUUAGGAAUGAUAUCUUUAGGUAUUACAUAUGAUGAUCGUUAUCCUCCGAAGAAUGUUCAAAGUGGUCAACGUUUGGUUAUUCACUUGUCGGAUGCUAUUCCAUGGAAUGAAAGUUUCUCUUCAUUUAUCAAAGGAGAUAUUCAGAUAGCCAAGUAUUUGAAGCUUCCAUUAGGUUCAACAUUGGUAUAUGGUGUGAGUGGAAAGAGUGCGAGUGAAAGUUUGCCAGAGUUGGAAAAACAUCGUUUAGGAGGUAUGGGUUCCCUUCGUGGAUAUUCUACUGGAGCAUUGGGUACUGCCGUAUCUUCCUUACAACAAACAUGGGAACUUCGGUUUCCAAUAGUGGAUCGCAUUUCAGGAGUUUUCUUUUAUGAUUGUUUGGAUGAAACGGGUUCAUUUUGGAAACAUCCGAAACGAUUAGGUUGGUCAAAGGGUGUUGGUUUGCGAAUAGCUGAAAUGAUAAGGUUGGACUAUGCUUGGAAACAAGAUGGGUCUGGUAUGAUGCACGUGGAAAUGAUAAACUCUUUUUUUAUUUUGUAUGAUCACACGAUGGAUGAUGAUGCCAUUCAAGUAGAAAGAGAAUUAGCUAUUCGAAAAAGACUAGGCAAGAUAUUCAAAAGGAAAAGAGAAGACUUUAAUACCGAAGAAGAAUUCAACGACUAUUUGGAAGCUUUUGAAGAUGUUGUGUACCAAUUGAGUGAAGGAACAAACUCAGAUGAAACCCAAGAAAGUAUGGAGAAACUUAAAAAGUAUAUCAAAGAUACUGGUAGACAAGACAUAUUGGAAAACGUUCAAAUAUUGGAUACGGAGAACAACGAACAACUUCCCAGUUUUAUAUUUUUGGAUCCUGCAAGACCAGCAAAGCCUAUGCCCAGCUUCCGGAUUUGACGAAAAACUCUGUCGUAAAAGAGCACAACAAGAGUUGAUUGACUCGUUGUUCUUUCGGACAAAGUUGUUGAUAUAAAAUAAAACGAUGUGAAAAAGA